AUGCCGCCCGUUGAGCGCGGCUGGAUCACCUUCUUCGUCGACCGCGUCUUCGGAUGGUGGUCCGGUCUCCCCCGAGAAACCAGCAGCUACACGACCGAAUUCAUCCAAAUCCCAAUCAACGAUGUAAAGCUCGCUGCAAAUAUCUAUCAACCAACCACUCCCCCUCUCGGCACAAUUCUCAUCCGCACAUCCUACGGUAUCGCACCGCUCAUGGCUCUUUCAAACGCACGUAUGUUCGCUUCACGAGGAUAUCAAGUCCUCCUCGCCGCCUGUAGAGGCACAGAUCCCUCCGACGGUCAGGAAAUCGUCCCCGCGGUUCAUGAAGCACAGGAUGGUCUUGCGACUGUGGCUUGGAUGCGUGAACAGCCUUGGUACACUGGUUCUUUCGCCACGUACGGAGGAUCGUACCUUGGGCAUACGCAAUGGGCUAUUCUGACGGACCCACCGCCGGAUAUGAAAGCUGCUGUUAUUAGUACUGGCCCAGUGGACUUUGGUGCUUUUACUUGGGGCACCGGGGCGAUGGAAACUCAUAUGAUUGCCUGGGCGGCUUUGAUGACUGCUCCGAAGCGGGGUAUCACUCCUGGCUUGCCGUACAUCAGAAAAUUACCUCAAAUACUACAGCCGGUGUAUGACUCUCUGCCUUUGAUGGACGGUGUAAAGGACCAUUUGCAGAAUAAGGAGCCACCUUGGCUGGAAGAAUUGAUCAGCCAAAGUGAUACAUCGACUCCGUUUUGGUCGAGGGCUAAUCAGAGUGUUGCACUGCAAAAGGUUAAGAUUCCCGUCUUGCAGUCUACAGGAUGGAACGAUAGCGUUUUGCCGAUGGUCAUGGACCAGCAUCGUGCUCUCGUGGAACAAGGAGCACCGACUUUCCUAACCGUCGGCCCAUGGUCACACCUUGGUUCACAACAAGGUCCAACAUUGAUUGAGGGCUUAAAGUUCUUUGAUCACUAUCUCGCUGGUCGCGACACGGCUCCUAGAACAUCAUCUUGUCGAGUUUUCGUUACAGGGUUGAAUGAAUGGCGAGAUUUGGCCAGCUGGCCUCCGCUUGCUUCGUCCAUACAAAGCUUCUGCCUAUCGCCCAAAACCCUGAGCAAGGAACAGCCUGAGCUUGCAUCGGUCUCAACCUUUACAUUCAACCCCAAUAACGCAACUCCUCCUAUCGGCAUGCCUCGACCUUUCGACGAUGUGCAGCCCGCAAACUACAAUGAUACCGAGCUCGCGAAAAGCUCCGAUGUUGCGGUAUUCGAUACCGCAACUCUCGAGACAGAUUUAGAAGUCUGCGGCAAGCCUACCAUCGAGCUUCAUCAUACCACCGAUAAUCCACACGCGGAUAUUCUAGUUCGCCUCAGCGAAGUGAAUAGCAGGGGAAAUUCUACACGUAUAAGUGAUGUUUAUAAGCGCCUAGAUCCUGCGAGAGGUCCUGAGCCGCUGAACCUUGCGUUGGUGGACUGCGCGCAUGUUUUCCGCAAGGGGAACAAACUCCGUGUGAUCAUCGCUGGUGGUGCACAUCCAGCUUACUUGCGCAAUCUGGGAACGGGGGAGAAUCAGGCAUAUGGGGCGAGGACUGAACCGGCUAUUCAUACGAUUCAUCAUUCUAAGGACACUGUGUCGAGACUGACUUUGCCUGUCAGGGGUUGA